AUGGAUAUUUGGGAUCAGAUGGUUACCGCGACAUCUGAUCAAGACGCGGUAGCCGCCCAAAAGGUUGGAGAUAUGAACUACCACAAUAAGACAAGCAUGACAGUAGACGCUGGCCAGAAUCUUGUAGCCUCUACUGAUUUGGAUUUGGCUCCUUCUUCUCAAUACGACCAAAAGCGAAUUGUUCCACCUGAGAUUGUUUACAAGAUCCUCGAUCUCCUCUACAAGAAACAUGAUAUGCCGACAAUCUGGUGUAUUCUCUUUCCGCCCAAAGGAAAAGAGAGUGCUAGCUCCACUUCUCAAGAACUGGAUGGGAGAUCAAUAUCGAAUCAUGCGCUCAGAGACCAUGGAUACAAUCGACUCGGCAGCUUUAUUCCACAACAUACCAGGUUUCUCUCACGCAAAGUCUAUGGCGACACAGAUGCAAAAGAACGAGCUCUGUGCCAGAGAUUCGAAGACUACAAUAAUUUCAUAGCUCUGCUAAGCAGUCCGGGCUACAGACCUGCAUUAUACAGUGGUCUCCGCAUUCCAGAUCCAACUAGAAAGGGGACAGAUUGGUAUGAAGAGAUGGCUAAGUCCUUGUUGAUUUGCAUUAUCCAGAAUUGGGACAAAGGCAGCGGAAAACCAAUCGGUUCCUGGUUCGAGGGUCGAGAAUCGCCAGAGUAUCCCGCUCGCCAGCGCCUUUGGCAAGAAUACAUGCAUAGUAGUCUGCGAGCAUGGGCCCAUUACGAAGGAGAAGAGUUUGGUGGUACACCUCCGCAGAAUAAGGUUUCACGUACUGAAUCCGGCCAAUACAAUCCUCCCUAUUCAAGGAAGCCGAAUUGGACUUAUAACGGUUGUGAUAAUUUACAUAGGGGUCAUUACAUACAAGAUGGCUCAAGCAAGGAUGAUGUUAUGCAGAAAAUACCGGAUCACAAUAUUUUCAAAUGGCUGAUGCAUUAUGAUGGCGAGGACUGGAUUCUCAAGGCAAUCUGUUUCCCGAAAGAAACUUCAAUGAAAGAAGUGUUGAGAAACUUUGAGAGAGAUAUCGAGGAGUCUUGGGGUCCGUUGGAUUAG